UUUUUUUCAGCUUUUCUUUCCAGAUUUAAUUUUCUUGAAAACGCUGCAGGAGCGAAGCUGUUUCCCGCUCACGUUGCAGCUCAACGUGACUCUGAGAUGCAGGCGAAGUGCCAAAAUAAARCGUGAUGCCAAAGCAGCGCACGAGAAUGUGUGUCACAUUGGAGGRAGGAGGAGGAAGUGGCGGCCGCUGCCAAAAUAUUUGACCUACUUCUUCUUCUGGGCGACUGGACUGAAAGCUGGAGAAGCGCGUUUUUACAUCACUCUAACAAGUGACACGGCGAUGGCCUCUAMAUCAGCGGCGACAUGUGGGCCGGCGGCGCCCGCCUCCGAGCUCUCACGCCUGGAAGCCAUCGAGUCCCUGAAGACCAAAGCGGGCCCGGUGCGGCGGAACCUCUUCGGGCCCGUGGACCACCAGCGGCUGCAGCGGGACUUCCAGCGGCUGCUUUGCGUGAACGUAGAGGAGGCCAACAAGCGCUGGAACUUCGACUUCCGGCGGGACCGGCCGGGGGAAGGCGCCGGCGUCCAGUGGGUGGAGCUCCGGUGCCAGGACGUGCCGGCGUUCUACCGGAGCCGCUCGGUGCGACCGGCAGUUCGGUCCAAGAGGCGGACGUCGACGUCGUCGGAUGAAGGUUCUCCCGUUUCCAGCAGCUCGUCCGGGUCUGGAGAUGAGUACCUGGAAGUGAUCACAAAGGGGUGCUAUUCCAUCCAGAGGCCGCAGAAACGAAAGCAGUCUGCCAUAACAGAUUUCUUCAAGGUGAAGAAGACGAGGCUGCUUCACUCCAAAGUGUCGUCUCGGCAGUAAACGCACCAGCAGCCUCUAAACAUCACCUCACACAGAUCACAUGAGAACAUGUAGCAUCGCAUAAGACUUUACUCAGAAAUCUUCUGACCGUGUGUUUAACCCUCAGCACAAGGAAGCUACUCCUAGCUAACCAAGCUCAGACUUUAGAAGCUGUUUUUAUAUAGAUUUAUAAAUAUACUGUACAUUUUAUAUACUGUUGUAUUCAGCUUUUAACUGUACUGUGAAAUCAUGCUAAAUGCACUCUUAUCAGGAUACUAAAACAGGAACAAAAAGGAGCACUAAAAAGGUUAAUUAUCCUCAAGUGGUUGAGAGGUUCGGAGCAGGGGGUCACGACCGCCGCCACGAGCUCUGAAGGCUCGAGGCGAAUCAGAGGCCAGAACCUCAACCAGCGGCGGCACGACCGUCGUUCCCCUUCAGGUCAAAGGUCAGGGGCUCAAAUGACACAAACUACAGUAAAACAUUAAAAAUCAUUCUGUUGUAUUAUUUUCACAAGUAUUUUAGACAAACUUUAUGCUUUUAAUAUUUCUUCCACUUUGUCUUCAUUCAAAGCCUUAAACACCAGAAACGUUUUAUCACCAGCUGGAAGGAAUACAAUGUUAUGGUUUCACACAAAAGUCUGGCUUCGCGUCACACUUGCAGUUUGUGUACAUAUGCAUGACGUGUGGGUGGGUUUUGUUGUUCACAAUUUAACUUUAUCCCAAAAAAAAAAAAAAAAUCAACUCAAGUUUUGCUUCUUUUUCUGUAAAACUUUUCAUUUCAUUUGACCCGAACUGGAUCUGAAUUUGAAAGCAGAAGCCGUAAUCUGGAUUCAUCCACCUUUUACUACCUCAUGAAGCCAUUUAAUAAGUAAAGCAGGAAAAUAAAAGCCUCAGUGUCGCCUCAGUUCGCCAUUAAACUUUCUCAAAACAGGAGCGGAGAUAUUUGAAUUUUUUUUUUAAAGGCAUAUUUUAAUCUUGGCUUGAUUUAUUUGUAGAAACUCGUUUUAUUAAUUCAAAUUUAAAAGCAAAAACCUAAUUUUUCUCGUAAUUAAAAAAAAAAAA